AGAUAGAGGGGGAAUAUAGUAAGUGGACAGUCUGAGAGCCAGGACGUUACCGAAACACUGUUAUCUGAAAACAACCAGCCUUCAUCACGUAACUGGAUAUUUUUUCCAAAGAGUAAUCAUCCUCUACCGGAUGGACCAAGAUUAAAGUAUUAGAAUAACAAAAAGAUGGGAAGAGACUAGAUUUAAAAGAAAAUACUUUCAGAAAACUUGUAAAAUUUAAAUCGACUAAUAAUGGCCAUUAUGCACACUGUAGUGUGCCUUUUAUUCUUAUUUAUUGUAAAUUGUAAAAGUCAAGCCAGUUUUUAUACACGUGGAAUUAACGUUGAAGCCUUAUGUGAAGAAUGUGAUACAACAACAGGAUCAGGUUAUGUCUAUCAUCCUAAAUAUUGUCAUCUUUUUGUCCAUUGUACUAUUGGUCAAGAUAAAAGAUUAGUUGGUCAAGUGAAGGAAUGUACACGAGGAUUACUAUGGUCCCAGAAAGUUAAACAAUGUGUUUGGCCAGAAGAAUCAGAUUGUCCAACAAACCCUUGUUUCAAUCAGUCGCUGACAUUACGAGAUUUAAGAACGUGUAAUGGUUAUUUUACCUGUACCGAUGGAUUACGUCUGCAGUUUAAUUGUUGUGAUAAGAAUGAAAGAUUUUCGGAAGUUGAUGGCCGAUGUUACAAGGAUUAUACUUGUAAUGAUGCAUGUUUACCCAACAGUUCCAACACUACCGCUAAGUUACUGGCAUGUGACAGAUUUGAAUAUCCUGAUAAUAAAGGUAAAUAUCUGUGGUCUAUUAGUGGAACCAAUAUAUCAAUGGAUUGUGCUGCAGGCACUGCAUUCUCUGCAGAAAUGUGUAGCUGUACAGAUAAUGCAGACUUCAUCAAUAUUGCCUUUUGCGACCCUUACAUUUACUUCCCGUUUGACAUCAACAUUAAAGACAAGAUGGGCAAAACUGCAUCCGGUGGUCUCAAUACUUGGAUAAGAACAUCUGAACCAGCAGCUGUCGGAGGUGGGGCUGUUUAUUUUGAUGGUAAAAGACAAGUUAUCGCCUGGGCUAUGAAUAAUAUGGAAUUUAAGUCCAAUUUCACUCUGUCAUUCCGGUUCAAAGCCGACCUGGUGGGGCCAGGUGGGGAAGAGAGAUAUGCACUUGUUGAUAACAGCGACUGUGCAAAAGAAGCAACAUUUGGCGUGGCUUUGCUGAAAACUUCACCGAAAACGGGAACCAUUCACGGUGGCUUUAGACUUAAAAAUGGAGAAGCUGUUACAACCAGCUCAGAUGAAUUGUCGUUGACAAGUUGGCAUAGUGUAGUUUUAAUAAAGAAUGGACAUAAAGCCGAGUUAAGAGUUGAUAACAACAUCUAUCCUAUCAUGGGAUAUGGUCUUCAAUCUGAUAUUGAUAGAGUGGACUGUUCUAUGACAAUUGGUAAAGGUACUGGCUUAGAGAACUUUGUAGGCUACAUUGAUGAGGUAAAGUUUUAUAAGUGUGUACCUGAUGAGUUUAAGAACUAAGAAGAAAACAGUUUAUCUUGUGUACAUGUUUCUCUUCCUUUGUUUACUUUUAAUUAAGUCGUCUGUAAAUAGUAUUCUCAUCUCUUUUUUUUUCGUGUUCAUGUUGUGUGCAUUAAUGUAACGACAAGCUGAAUAUUUUUACUUAUAAAAAUUAUCUUGAAUUCUAUAAAUUAUAAAACUCUCUUUUAAAAAUA